UUCCAUAGUGAAUUAGCAUUAAAAUGGUCCAAUGGAAGUGCUGGAUCAGUUUCUUGAGCCAAGCGCGAUUUUUUAAAGGACGCUUAGUCGCGCUGUGAGUUUUCCCAGAUCUACAGAUCAUCGCGUUGUACAGACGCCGCUCCGCAUGAUGUGUAAAUCGAAUAGGACGGGCUCAGCGACUGCGUCACGGAUCUCAUGUUUACGGUUACGCAAAACGGGCAUGUGUUGGUUAUAAAGCGGCAUGUCGCUGCGUUUCUGGAGCAGAAGAAGCGCUGAACUUCGUCGGUGCUGAGCUUAAUCGCCUUAAUCUGCGUCGAUUUAAACUCAGUUUGACUUUAGUCCACUUCUGCGACCUCGACUGCGAGCUUUGAGCCCGUGAGCUCACCGGAGUGCCAGCCGUAGGUUACCUGUGUAGCGCCCAGGUGCUCAGAAGGUCCGUGUGGAGUCUUCGAGAUGUACAUCGUCGUUGAGCUGCUCGUGGUGUCCGUUAAAGUCAUCUGGUCGUUUGUGUUGGCCGGGGCCAAGUGGCUCGUGAAGCCCCGGGAAAAGAGCGUGGAGGGGCAGGUCUGUGUCAUCACCGGGGCUGGAAGUGGACUCGGGCGCCUCUUCGCGACCGAGUUCGCCCGGAGAAGAGCCACCCUGGUGCUGUGGGACAUCAACCGAGAGGCCAACGAGGAGACGGCGGAGAUGGUGCGGGACAUCUAUCGCGGAAUGGUUCCGUCCAAAGGGCCUGGAGAUGGAGUUCAAGACUUGCCUUUGUUCCAGCCCCAGGUUUACACCUAUGUGUGUGACGUGAGCAGGCGUGAGAGUGUGUAUUCCACAGCAGAAAAGGUGCGAAGAGAGGUGGGCAACGUCACCCUCCUCAUCAAUAACGCUGGCGUGGUUUCCGGACACCAUCUCCUCGAAUGUCCCGACGAACUGAUUGAAAGGACUAUGAUGGUCAACUGCCAUGCCCAUUUCUGGACCACCAAGGCGUUUCUUCCCAAGAUGCUGGAGGUAAACGAAGGGCACAUCGUAACCGUCGCCAGCUCCUUGGGUCUGUUCACCACGGCUGGCGUGGAGGAUUAUUGUGCGAGCAAGUUUGGUGCCAUAGGCUUCCAUGAGUCCUUGAGCCACGAGUUAAAGGCGGCCAAUAAAGACGGGAUUAAAAUGACCCUGGUCUGUCCGUUCCUGGUGGACACGGGCAUGUUCAAAGGCUGCAGAAUCAGGAAAGAAAUUGCUCCUUUCUUCCCUCCACUGAAGCCCGAGUAUUGUGUGGAACAGGCUAUGAGAGCCAUUCUCACUGACCAGCCAAUGGUCUGCACACCACGUGCUAUGUACGUGGUCAGCUUCAUGAAAACGGUUUUGCCUUUUGAUGCUAUCGUGUGCAUGUACCGCUUUAUUGGUGCGGAUAAAUGCAUGUAUCCCUUUCUGGCUCAUCGGAAAGAGUCCACAAACAACAACGAGUCGAAAAGUGGGAUAUAAUCCACUGGAUUCAUGGCUGCCAAUCAGCCAAGACAACCCUGGCUUUGGAGACUUCCUUAAUUUUGCAUUUGAGCUACGAAGGUUAUUGUUGCUAAGGAGCAGCGGAUGCUUAUAGCCACCAGUUAGCGGUGUGUGUAUAUAAUUCGAUAUCGAUAUUUAUCGUGAUAAAUGUCAAUCAUUAUUUCUUUCAAGCUUGAAGGCUGAUUUUUGCUCCUGGGGGGUUAAUUGUGGUUUAUACUAUCAUUUAUGCUCAGAACACGACAAACACUCAACAUACAGUGGAGCAUCUCAGAUUUUUGUGAUAUUUGUGAAUUCUCUAACACUAAACUAUGACUGAGCGCUGUAACAGGGCUGUAGCUGUGAGGAGCAGACGUGGUUUAACGCUGCUAAAGACGGUUAGGAUGUACAGAAAGAGGCGAGGUCACUGUAGGUCAGCACAGUUACACCACUGAUCUCGUCACUCACACUCGGUCACAGGAGAACAGAUCGCCGGCCGCUCCACUCAGACAGGGAAUAUUUAAUCAUAAAGUAUAUUUAAUCAUGUCAGAAAAUUCAGAAGAGCGCCCUCUCCUGGUGACAGAGUAGUGUCGCUUUCCUUGCAGUAAAAAAUGCCACCAGGGCUUUUGCUUGAACGUGGAAGUGUGAGAAAGGUCUUUUAUAUCGAACAUUUAUCCAACCUUUCUUAUAGUUCUAUCGAGGAAAGUUAUAUUGUGAUAAUUAUCGUUGGCGUUUUAUCACCCAGCCCUAAUUGUUUGCGGUUUCAGAUAAUGAGACGCAUCUCAUUACUCGUCAACCUCAUUAGCCUUGUAGCUCCAAAACUAAAGCAACAUUGGGAAGCACAUUUUGCCGAUUCAUCUGAAUCGUGAGUGAACGCUGACACCGGCUCUCUGAUGAACAGCUGGUGCUCGGUAACCUGCUGGAACAAAUUCAGACCGUAAACCGCUACACAGAAAUAUAUUUAAGCUAUUUUGCUGCUUUUAAGCAAAGCUAAUUUCAUAAUCAGUGAUGUCAAAUGUACAGAUCAGCUCUGAUGAUGAAAUAUGCAGUAUGUUACUGUAAAAAUGUACAGUAGUAUCUUAUUUAUAGAUAAUCCUGUAUAAUUUUUCAUGUACUUUUGUGUCCACCUCAACUUUCUGACUAAAUGUUUACGUGCCUUCUAGUUAGUGUUGUUUUUUUUUUUUGUUUUUUUUUUUGAAAACACGACAAAUGUGUUGUGCAAUAAGAGAUGCAUCACACAGGAUUGUUACUGUUAAAGUUUGACACAAUAAAAGAAAGUCUUUAACUUA